GAUUGACAAUACAAGAAGCAAAGGUCCCACGGCGUGAAUAUAGGAAAUAGGAAUCAAUGUACCUAAAAAGUUUCAUUCAGUCAUUUCAAUCAUAACAAAAAAUGGAGGUACAACAAUGGUGGAAGCUUAGAUUCUCCUUCAAGAACGCAACCAUUCUUGUUUGUUUCCUCAAUAUCAUCACUGCUAUCUUCCUUCUUCAUGGCUUCUUCUUCAGUUCUCCCUAUACCCGGACCAAAUUAUCCACUCAAAACACCAACUCAGCUGAACUCAAUUACAUAAAGGAAUCUGAAGAGAUUCGUCUUGCCAUGCUUCCAUUGGAGCUAAUAAAAAGAGUGAGAGAGAUUGAGCAGGAAGGGUACACCGAACCAGAAACAGCCCAGAAGAAAGACACGAAACAGACAGCUGCAGUUGAUCUGUCUAAAAGGUUAAAGGAUUUCCGUUCCUUGAAUGAUGCCGCCAGCUUGAAAGCUUUGGAGGAAUGGCGUAAAAGAAAAAUGGAGAGGGCCAGACAAAGACAACUGGAGAAAAAUGGAACAACCUCCUCUCAACCUUGACUUUAUAUACUUUCUGAUAUAAAGUUAAACUUGACUUGCUAAGUUGAAUGUGUAAUAGGAAAAUUAGCAGGUCAUUAGUGUAUGUAUACUACAUAGCAUCAUCAUCGUACCACAUUGGACUCUUAUGUUGAAAACAAAGAGAGGUUGAAGAGAGAAUAGAGAGGAAGGGUUUACAGGAGAGAAAAGAGGAGAGACAGAGAGGGUCGAGACGGAGAGGAUCCAUAUCCGGAAUGACAUCCUUCUUGUGACUCACCUUCACCUUCACCUUCUCCUUUUGUUUUUUCUUUUUCCUAAAAAUUAUACAUAUAAAGAAAUAAUUUACAUAUGCCUUGAUCUUGUUUGCUUAUAAGCAUUUCAUUGUUACUUUUUGGGGACAGUGUGCAAGUAAAACAAUGUGAAAUAUACUACAACAUUUUGUUUAGGGAAACUAUAACACCAUUUUUAUAUUUAUGUAUAUUGAGUGUAUGAUUAGAUCAUUUUUCUUUAUUUUGAGAAAUAGAACUAUUUGAUUAAGUUA